AUGGAAGACGAGCGGCUGAUCGGGGAAGGAUGGCGGGAGCGUGAGAUAUCCAAAGAAGGUUGUGAUGAUGGCGGCGGAGAGUGCCGGAGGGGAGAGCUUUUUGAGCAGCGGAGAAUGCCUUUUGUGGUGGCGGUGGUGUUGGAGCUGACGCCUGGACGGAUCUCCCGUUUGAACGGGACGGUGCCCAGUUUCUUGAAUGACUCGUCGAUCUCCACUGCGUGCACACAAAAUGGUUUGCAAUCAUGA